GCACGAUAAAAUACGACUCAGAUAUUGUAUAAAUUUAGUCAUACUUUAAAAUCACCGAAAUUUGCUUACCGUUUUUAUAUUAAAUUAUUAAAAAUAUUUGUAUUCAGCUAACUAGACUGAUAAAUGACAAGUGUCAUGAUGAAGUCUGUGUGUUGGACUAUUGUUGGAUUGUGUUUGUUGCUACCGAGUGUAUUAUCAUAUAGGCCUGGUGAUCCUUUUUACAACAAGGAGAAAAUACAAACAGUUGCUUCAUGGGCAUCACUUGAUUUUGCAUUUCCAAGUGUACAAGCACGACAAGAGUCAAUACAGCAUGGUGAUUUUAUUCCUGGAUCUGCAACUCCAAUUGAUUUCGAAAUUAUAAAAACUCUUGGAGGAACAAAAAUGUUUGUUAGUUUACCACGAUUUCAAGAAGGUACACCAGCAACUCUUGGAUAUUUUAUGUAUCAAAAUUCUAAUUCACCAGUUAUUUUGCCAUAUCCAAAUUGGGAAAUGAAUAGACUGGGAAAUUGUCAAGGAAUAACAAGUGUUUUUCGUAUAAGAAUUGAUGAAUGUGGAAGACUCUGGGUUUUAGAUACUGGAAGACUUGGAGCCCAGCGAAUUUGUCCACCUCAGUUAUUAAUUUUCAAUCCAAAAACAGAUGAAAUUCUUCGACGAUACAGAUUUCCAGAAAGUCAAUUGACCAAUUCAUCGCUAUUGAUAAAUUUAAUUGUUGAUAUUCGUGAUCCACAAGGACAAUGUAAAGAUACAUUUGUCUACAUAUCAGAUGUUCAGGGAUUUCAAAUAAUUGUUUAUGACUAUGCCAAUCAUAGAUCGUGGAAUAUUCGAAAUAACUUAUUUUAUCCUUAUCCACCAUUCGGAACAAUAACAAUUAAUGGAUUGAGUUUUGAUUUAAUGGAUGGUAUUUUUACUGGGGCAUUGAGUCCAAUUAAAAAUGGUGAUAGAAUUUUGUAUUUUCAUUCACUUGCUAGUAAUGUUGAGAGUUACGUUUCUACGUCUAUUUUAAGAAAUUACUAUCUAUUCAAAGAUAAUCCAAAUGCCGCUGCAAGAGAAUUUAAAUCAUUUGCUAAAACAAGAAUAGCACAAGCUGCAUCUGAAGCAAUGGACAAAAAUGGUGUAUUAUUUUAUGGACUAGUUCCAGAAGUUGCAAUUGGUUGUUGGAAUAGUCGAGAUUAUCCAGAGUAUGGUGGUGAUAAUCUUGAAGUUCUUAUUGCUGAUAAAAAUACAUUACAAUUUGCAUCGAGUAUGAAGAUCAUCUCAUCUCCAAGCGGUAAAGAUGAAUUGUGGAUGAUUACAAUGUCAUUACAAAAAGUUUGGACAGGUACAAUCAAUCCAAAAGAAACAAAUUUUAGAAUUCUCGCUGCUUCAACUGAUGAAUUAGUUAGAGGAACUAAAUGUGAUGUGACAUCAUAUCGUGUCAAACCACAUGGAUCUUGGCCAUAUUGAAAUUACUAACUUGAAGGCUUAUCUAUUUUUUAAAACGAGUUGAUAAUUAUAAUUACAAUACUUGUGAAUAUGGAUUAGUUUUUAAAUAAUAAAAUACAUAAAUAUUCAAAAAUGUAAUUAAUGUAGUAAAACAAGUAUAUAA